AUGUAUUUUACAGCGGCGCGCGUGGGUACCGGGUAGAAAUAUAUGAACAAUCCGGCGCGAUGUACCUGCGCUCCCGGGGCGACUACCUGCGGCUAAUUUACAGCAGAGGCACGCGGAUAACUUCCGUCGUUAUUCUCCGUCUGCCUCUGCUCCUUCACCUUCAAGAGUUUCUCGUAACGGAGAACGCGAUUAGCUUGAAAUAGCUGGCAGACGCGAGCGACUCUCUGCUCAAACGUCGUUGCGUAGGUUGAUCCGGAUCUGCGUAACAGCCACAAACGACGACCACUUUCUCUACUUGCUGGCCACGGGAACAUUGAAAGGUACAGCGACCACCUCGGCGACCGGGGCCAGCAACUAUAACGUGGAUGAAGUAGCUGGCAAGCUGAACUCGCGAAACGACUCUACUUGCACUCAAUUAGCAGGCUAACCGGUAUAGAGAGAGCUCAUAUUCGACCGUCGAAUCGCACCAAUGAAACUGGCGAAUUAAACGCUGGCGCAUCGGUUUCAGGUCCCGUGAAAUGGACGACGCGGAAGCUGUCAAGAGCGAAGCUGAAACCGAGAGAGACGAGUGCGAAGAUGUAAGUGCUUCCACAUUUCUUCUUAAGUACAGUUUUUAAAUGCUUUGAAAUAAUUUGAUCACUAAUUGAUCAUUAACUGAGCUGAAACCGAGAGGCAGCAGUGUGAAGAUAUAUGCAAGUGAAUACGUUCUUAAAUACAGUUUUUAAAUGCUUCGAAAUUAUUUGAUCAUUAAUUGAUAUUAAUCAAGAGACAGAGAGAGAACUGCGAAUAUGUUUUUAAAUACAAGUUUUAAAUAAUUUUGAAAUAAUUUACCAGCCAUAAAAUUCGAUAUUAAUGGCAAAUUAUUAGAUUCACAUGAUGCUCUCAGGAAGCCACAAGAGAUUGCGAUGGUCAGUCACAUUUAAUACACUGUAUUGAUUUUUCUAAUACAAUCUUUAAUCAAAAUUUCUUAGUUGACGAUAUUCAUUUUAUUUCACUGCAAAGUUCAAAACAUUUGCAAAGCACUGACGAAACCACCGUGGAAACAAUUUCGGGUUACAAAGAUGACCAACGUGUUAAUAGAAUUCUUACUCUCUCCGUUCGUGUUGAGAGAAACGUUUCGCUGAACGUUAGAUCCGGUUGCAGGAGGAUGUGCCGAUCACGACCACGACGAAGAACGCGUUGAUAACGACGCAGCUUGGCCCCUGCGACAUUUAUCCGCAUCGCGUCAAAGUGUCGAUCGUCGGCGUGGGGAAGAUUGGGAUUGCUUGCGCCAUCGCGAUCCUGAUGAGAAGGAUGGCCAGCGAGAUCUGCCUGAUCGACCACGACGCGAACAAGGCUUCUGCCGAGGCCGAGGAUAUUCAGCACGUCGGCGUUUUUUUGGGAUGUCCAUUAGUAACUGGCACGUCAUCGACGCACAUGAAAUCAGAGACUUGCUUUGCUAUUUCAAAUGUCAUUUACGCGCCUGAGAAAGAAACACAAUCGACGAAAGGGAUGACUAACGGUCCAUGUAUUUCGAUCGUUCACGGUCUACUUGCUGCCAAAGAACCAGCAGUCGAAAAGCUGUCCCCUUCGCGUGGUAAUUCCUUCCGCGUGUCAGCGGACGUGCCAUUGAUAAAUCCAGCUUGCGACAGGUCGAAUUCCAGAAACUCCAGGUCGAAAGAUCGAGAGACCGACGAGGUCUGA